AGUUGUAGUUUGCAAUGCAGCUAACGCUUUGCAUUAUCUCUAGCGUUGAUUGGUAUUCGAAAAAAACGGUGCAGCAAAUCAAAACAACAAACAUCGCGCGGAAGGGGAAUUUUUGUUUUGCCGGAAGACGAUGUGGGAUUCACCGAGACGAUUAAUUGCUUCUCAAGGCUAAUGUUUUCAAAGGAUUUUCCGGAGUAGUUUACGAUUUUUUUUUUGUGUAAGUAAAGUUUAGUACAAAACGCAAAAUAUACACAAUGACAAGCAUAUUGAUAGUGGCCUUCAAAAAUAUUCCAAUUGUUCGACCCGAUCGCACCGCGUUCAGCUGUGAGCCGCUCCAUGGAAGGUAGAAAUAAUCAAGACAUAUGAUGCUGGAGGUCAGCUGUUAUCAAAGCUGGGUCCAGUUCCAGUUCCAUUGGGGGGCAUCCCGUAAUGGUUUGUAAUCAUUUUCACAUACUUUUGCCUUUGACUUUGCCUUUGGUCGGCCAACCUCAUAUGGAUGUGUGAAUGUGUUCAGUGCGUGAGUAAUCAAACUCUUAAACAGACUGCGUGUUAGGUUAAUUCCGUGCGAUGCUGAAGGGUAGCCAGAUGUGCUGAAGUUGAAUUAGCUUAGAUUAAAUCACAGAAUUGAAUUUACAAAUGAUUGGACUUAGUGUAUGGAUGUUGGAUGACUGAUCAUGACUUCCAAACUUUUGUACCUCCAAUAUCUUAUGGAAGAUGUUACAUGCAAACUACAGUAACAAUCAGAUUGAUCAGUGAUCACUUAGCUCCAACAUAUUGGUGUACCUGUUCUGAUCAACGGUCAACCACGAUCAGUCGUUGUGUUCUAUUUUUAACUCAUUAACUAAAAGGUUAACAAUCAAUCAUACGCUAAAUAUGCACGUGCAGCAACUGGAGCAAAAGUGAUCGAUCCAUCGAUAAGUUUUUAACUCCCCGAGUUCAUGUCAAACUAUCGCUCACUCAACGAUCGUUGAUCAGGACAGGUACCAUUGUUGAUAUGAUCGAAAUACUUGAGAGAACCUAUCAAUGUUCGGAUAGUACCUGGCACUACAGAUACCUCACAUACAGCACCCAUCCGUUAUUCCAAAAUCCAAAUUAUUUACUUUAUUAUAAAGUUCAUGCAAUCCUUUCUGGCAGUGGAUGAUAGAUUCAAGGAUAACAUGCUUAUAUACAAACGCUCGGGAUGCUCUCGAUCGCAGAGCUAUAAUACUGAUCGCCUUUAAUUCGCCUUGCCUUCACCACUGUUCCAGACCUGAUCGGCCGUCGCAUUGUGCGGGAUCGUCACAUUAUGCCCGACCAGCCAGGGAUCGAAGCGCUUCAGCUCCUUGAUAAAGUCACCGUACGCUGGAUCGGAGCUGGUCGAUGUCGUUUCCGGUACCUUAUCCUCGAUCUGCUCACCGAAUGUCUUCUCGCUGCUGAUUAGCGUUCCGUCCGGGUUGUCCUCGCGCUUGAACACCGCAUGCCCGUCCCGCUGGCCGGUAACGUAGGGGUCGAAUCGUGUCAGCACACGAAUGUACUCGUUAUACUCCGGGAUCGCUUCACUGCCCUGGGGCACGGGGUCAUCAAACUGGGCCAACGACAGUUGGCGAACCGGGCGCAGUUGCGCAAAGUUCGGCACAUUAGGGGGCAGAUCCUGAUGCAGCGCAUCGGUCACCGGGUCGGCCGGGAUUGGGACCUUCUUUCCAGUGACCCAAUCGUCAAAGCGUGUCAGAAACUCGGCAUACUCCUUAAACUGCUGAUUGUUCUCGUUGUUGGGGACGCGAUCGUUGAACGCACCGUUCGGGUACUCGGCCACCGGUUGCCCGGACUGUGGUGCCGCUGUACAAAGUCCCACCGCCAGCAGGGACACGGCGAUCGUACACACCUAAAAACACAAUAUAUGACAAAAGCACACCGGUUUAAUAGAGAUGUAUGAUUUGUAAGCACUCUGUAAGCUGUUUGACAAACACGCUCGAUGACACAAUCUUCACCAAGCAGCAAGCAUUUUGCAUAAACUGGGGAGUGUUAAUUACAUUAUGGGAAACGUUUGCACAACACAAAGAUAGAAAGCAACACUUUGUUGCUUGCGUUUGGCUUCCUCUGCUUUUUUUUUCUUCUUAUUCAUUUGGCAAAUCCUUUCUCCAUUAGCAUUGCUUGCAUAAGUAAUUUAGCGUUUAGUAAGCGUCCUAAAAGUGCUCCUCCACUAAUCCACUCAGGUGGUAAGAUGCAGCCACCUUGUCGGGUUUAAUGCAGUCGUGCCGAUGAUGCGCAUGAUCACUUUUUUGCAUUUCACGCGAUCGAGGUUCGUGAGGAGUUUUCUCGCGCCUCUAGAAACUUCGCUGAAAGUGUCCUGCAGGUUAAAUGGUGUCAGUGUUUGCAGGUAAAAGGAGGAAAUUGUUUAAAAAACAUUGACAUGAGCAAUGAUCACGAUUUCCCAAGAGUUUCACGACCGUUCAUGAGAUUCAUGUGAAGUGCUUAAUGGAAGAUAUUAGCAAACAAUAUGACAAGAUCAUCGUGUGUGCUUGUGUAUUUCAUUUUAAGAUCCUUUUACAACUUUUGCGUUCAGUGACAUUAAGAUUUAACUUUUUUCUAAAUACCAUCAUUCAAAAUAGAACUAGAUCAUCAACGAUCGUAUAUCAGCUUUAUCCACCAAUUUAUGUGUAAUGGUACUCUGAUAUUGAUGCAUCCAGAGUCAUUAAGAUCUAUAUUCCAAAAUAUGACAAGAUCAUCAUCGAUCGCACAUCCUACAUUAAGAGACAUUAAGCUCGGACAUGGAAGCAUCCAGCGGUAUUAAAAUCCAACUUUUUAAACAACAUCAUCUAUAAUAUGACAAGAUCAUCAUCGAUCGUAUAUCCCCUUUGUAAGUUGUUGAAAUUCAGCUCUUUAAAUAAUAUCAUCCAAAGUAUGACUAGACAUUGAAGUAUUUGGGGGCAUUAAAAUCUAUCUUUUUCAACAAAAAUAAAAUCUCCAAAGACUGAACAGAUCAUCAUCGAUCGUAUAUCCCACUAUAAAAGAAAUUCAACACCUUACACUGAAGUAUUCGGGGACAUUAAAAUCUAUCUUUUUCAAAAAACAAAAACAAAAACUUCCAAAGCCUGAACAGAUCAUCACCGAUCGUAUAUCCCACUCCUACAUAGCAUUGCCAAACUCUGAACUGUUUAGUAGCCAAAUUCCCCACAGCAGUGAAAACUACAACCCAAGGCAGGAAUGCGUUUCAUAACGUGCACGGCUGCACUUUCACUUUGUUUGCGAAAACGUAGCUCUCGUCGUGCAAAAUUCGAGAAGAAAACAGAUCCCAUUUGUACGCGCCUGCAAAACCCUGCCCGAAGCAGCAGGUGACGUACACCGUACACCGGUACGGCACUGUAUGCAAAUGCCCUUGAAUGCCGCAUUUGCCGCAGUUGUUAGCACUCACAGCAUUGAUGGGCCCGUAAGCGGUUAAGCAAUUGCCGCCGGCUGCCAAAACCCCGAUCAGCAAUUAACGGCAGAACGCUAACCGGAAUGUUGAUGAAGGACCGAAAGAAGGUUUCCUCCCAUGUUUUGUCACAUUCCAAAAAGCCCCUAAGGGGUUUUGAUACUACCCCAAGACAAGUUCUAGCGAUGAACAGCAUGAUGAUCAUCAUUAUCGUAUAAAUUGCAAACUUAACUCCCGUAACGAUCAAAUUUCACCGCUCUGCGGAUAGCAGAGCCUGUGUGGAGUUGUUUUUUUUAUGCGAGCAAAAUCCACCAACACCUGACGGAUGAGAACGAUCCAGGAAAUAAGAAAUGCUUCGCUGUGAUCAACAAAGAUCAUGCAAAGAUCGCUCUUGAGAAAGAGACACACACAGAUACAGACUUGCCGGAAAAUAACGGAUUCAACUCACUUUCAAAGGUCCGCGCAUCGUUGACAUUGAUCUAAAUGGAAAUCCGCCUACUGCGCGCGAGGAUCACACUGGUUUUCUGUUCGUUGUUGUUUCUUUUCUUUUUUUGCACUCACGAUCACGAUCAGACACGCCUGAAGGUGACUGAAUCACUGUAAAACCUCACAAGCCAGACGCGUCCGGUAGCGUUGAAGAUUGAAUGCCGACUGACGGUGGCUGCCGAUAAGGUGAUAAAUUUUAUGCAAAGAUCAAGCUCCACCAUGAUCAUCCCCCAGUUGUUUGCCGGCGGGCUCGAGAUUCACCCGGGCGGAACCAUACCCACCUCGGAAUGACGUGAUGCGACGUGAGAACGGUUGGUGCUUACCAUCCAUCUCUCUACCUGACCUUUGCAGCUGAGUUACUACCGAAACCGGACCGACUUUUCUCGCCCUCCCGGAGUGUUUUUGGGUGAGUGGUGCGUGAUUGAUUUGGUGCCCACAUGCUUCCGGUUCUAAUCGUUUCUACCUUUCUACCUUUUACCUGUCACCCGGCGGGGCUUGCUAAGCGUCUAAGCCCUAAUGUGCCUAUAAAUAAGCAUACGACCAUCGGCAAUUGCUCGCAUUACACUCGAGGCUAACCACUGAAGCACACCCGCACCAGCAGCAGCAGCACCAGUUGCAGUAGCUCCCGCACAAGCUAAUCCCCAGUCCAAGUGCUCGAAAUGUCAGCUCCAUCAAGAGUCCGGUUCCACCCGCUGCUGGCACUGCUGGUGGUGAUGUCGAUCGUGGGCGCACAGUACGGUGCCCGUGCCGCCAUACUGACCCGUGCGAUCGAGGCGCAGAAGACGCUCGUCGAGCGCGAAGAGCAAGCGCUGCAGGAAGCAAAGGAUCAGGUCUACCGGACGGCACAGAACGCGAUGGAUGUGUCGCGCGAUGCGAUGUCGAACGUGGCCGAGCAGCUCCGGUACGCCGUCGGUUACCCGUGGCGGGUGGCAAGUGAGGCACUCGAGAAGCCGAAGCUGUACGCCAAGUACAUGCUGUACCGAGCGACCAAUGCGCUGAAUGGAGAGCCCGAAACGACGCCCGUGCCGGUUGUGCUGACGAACGACUUCCAGCCCACGACUGCAAGCGCUCCACAGGCCGAGGGUGACAUUGUGCCGCAGUGGAUUACUGGAUUGCGAUCGUUCUUCAACCCGGAACCGGCUGUCCCGAACAAGGAUCUUCCCAAGCCGAGCCCAUACAUCGAGGUGAUUGAAAUUAAGCGCAAUCCUGCGACGGAGCUGGUGGCAGAGCCAGCGGUAAGCGAAACCGCACAGGAACCGCAGAAGGAAGUGAUUCAGCAGUAACGAGGCCAUGCGAGGCCAGUUGCACAAACUUAUUUAUCUACACACCUACCCCCUUUGCUGAAUAAAACACGAAUACGAUAAGGAAAUUGCUUUUCAA